ACAUUAUUAUUUGAUUGCAUUUACACCCGCUGUUCAUCAGUUCACGUUUCCAUUUCUGCACAAUACAUUGCUGUUUAUAAGUAUUCAACUAUUCAUUUAUGGCUUUUACCUUUUACUUAUUAUAAUUUUGAUGGCUUGAUUUUAAUUGAUAAAUGCUGCUUUUUUUUUUUUUUAAUGUGGGCCGUGGGGUAUAUUGAUUGGAGAGAGCUCAGAGAGGGUUCUAUGUUAAUGUGUUAUCUAGGAUGGAGUCGAUGAUCUGAAAGUGCUACAAAUAUGUGUAAUGAUUAUUGAUUAAUAUAUAACUUGUUGUACAAGCUUGAAAUGAAGAACUCUCAGAUCUCGAGUAAUGUGUAAAAUAGUUUAUAGUUAAUUUCAGUAACUUCGUUUCAUAGGUAAGGUGUGAGAAUACAUAGUUGAGAACUUGAGAUAUUAUUAUGUCAAUGAACUCAAGAAAAAAUAACUUCAGUUUCUGCAACCAAUAGACUAAUUUGAAUUAAUUUAUUUUGUCGAUGACACUGUUUUAAUGAUGAUUAGUUCUUAUUAAUUGUGUUAUUUCGUUGAUGACACUGUUUUAAUGUGUUAUUAAUGGUGAUUAGUCCUUAUUAAACGUGUCCUUUUCAUGGGUUUUAUUUUUCAUGAGUUUUAUUCGUCAGCCUUUCUCUAGCCCUUUUCGUGAACAGUUAGUCUAUGAGGCAUUGGAGAUGGGUGCCAAAGCUUAGAUAGUGAUUAGUCACUCUUCCCUUGUCAAGAAGAGACAUGGAUCAAGUAGUAGAGGAAGUGGAGAAAGUCAAGAAGGAUUUCCAAGAAACGUACAGCCAAACAAUCAAAUACGUUGAUUCUAUCCAAGAAUAUGGGAAAAAAACAAGAAUUACAGAAGGAAUUGAAAUUGAAGAAGAGGAGAAGAAAGAUUCAUUGCCAAGAUUAAAUGGGUUGGCUCAGGAUGGUUUGAAUAUGCUCCAAUCACUCCAAUUCAAGCUAGAUCUCCUGUCUCCACAACUUCCCUCCAUUGAUUAUGUUGAAAAGACUCAAGAUUUGGCCCAAUCUUGGAAAAAUCAAAUCCAAAGUCUGCGGACUGGCCUAAGGAAUGCUAAUUUGCAAGCAAAGGCAAACAUGAAGAAAUCUGCUCAAAAGGAGAGAGAGCUGCUUUUGGGAGGUGGAGAAGAGUCUACCAUCCGCAGGCGCAAUCUACAGACAAAAGCUGGAAUGACCUCUGCAGCUGAAAGCAUCACAGAGAGCCUUAGGCGUUCUCGGCAGCUCAUGGUUCAGGAGGUUGAAAGGAGUGCAAGCACACUCAUGACAUUUGAGGAGUCAACUGGAGUACUAAAGAAGGCCGAAAGUGAGUACAAGGGCCACCGCUCGUUACUGAUGCGGACCCGAGACCUUCUCUCCACAAUGCAACGUCAAGAUGUUCUUGACAGGUUGAUAAUUAUUGUUGGAUUUCUUAUUUUCUCGUUGGCGGUACUUUAUGUUGUUUCAAAGCGCAUUGGGAUCCUCAAGUUGCAGAGUAAGAUUAUGGCUGCUGUGAAGGCUGGAAUGGCUAGACAAGAAGGGAUCGUCGUACCUAUAGCUGGCCAAGAUGGUAUUCAUGCUCCGGUUCACGAGAAUGUAGUUCCUCAUAUGCAUGUACCAUUAGGACAACCUAUGCAUGAUGAACUUUGAAUCGCCAGUUUCAUUUACCAUUAAGCGUCUGAAACAAUCAAUAUGAAGGUGUUCGUAGAGUUGGGGUUUUAUUUUGCACUUUGGGGCUGCGUUGUUACAACAUAGAUAAUAGCGAAUUGGAUCAAAUUUUACUCAUUGUAAAUUGUUGAAUCGCCUUAUCUAAAAUUUUAAACAGACAGAGGGUAUUAAUUUAUUGCUUCUAAAUUUUGUCUUG